AAAGCUAGAAAACCAAGAUCAUGGCAGCUUCUAUAGCAACUUCUGCUUCUACUACAUGGGCUAAACCUUCUUCUUCCUCAGUCUUUGAUCAGGGUUACACUUCCGAGUCCAUAAACUUCAAGUGGCCUAACAAGAAAACCCACCUCCGCUGCUCUCUACAAACUCCUUCAGUACUUCGUUUCCCAAAGCAAACACCUUCCAUCUACAAACCAACAACCACCACCACUGCAUCCCCAACUGUCCCCAAACCCAAGCCCAAGCCCAAACCAAAAGAAGCAGAUAGAGCUAGAGGAGACAACGAAAGAAACAGAGAUGGAAGAAGACAAAAAGAGUUAGAUUCCUCUAACUCUAAAGCUAAGAAGCAGAAGCAACAGCAGCAAUGGAAUCUCCUCCAAAGGAUUGCAGCCAUGGCCUUAGAUGCAGUGGAAGGAGUCUUGGUUUCCAGUGAGCGCCACAACCCACUUCCCAAAACAGCAGACCCAGCAGUCCAAAUUGCCGGCAACUUCGCUCCUGUACCAGAACAUCCAGUCCAACACCGCCUCCCCGUCUCCGGCAAAAUUCCUGAUCGCAUUGACGGUGUUUACGUCCGAAACGGCGCAAAUCCCCACUUCGAGCCCGUCGCCGGUCACCACUUCUUCGACGGUGAUGGUAUGAUCCACGCAGUCACCUUGAGUGGCGGCGCAGCCAGUUAUGCUUGCCGGUUCACCGAAACACAACGCCUCGUUCAAGAACGUGCGCUAGGCCGUCCAGUCUUCCCUAAAGCAAUUGGUGAACUCCAUGGUCACUCCGGCAUCGCUCGCCUUCUUCUCUUCUACACUCGUGGCCUCUUUGGCCUUGUCGACCAUCGCCACGGCAGUGGAGUCGCCAACGCUGGUCUCGUUUACUUCAACGAUCGACUCCUCGCCAUGUCCGAAGAUGACUUCCCUUACCACGUGCGAAUCACUCCCUCCGGCGACCUUAAAACCGUCGGCCGGUUUGAUUUCAAUGGUCAGCUCCGGUCCGCCAUGAUUGCCCACCCAAAACUAGACCCGGUUUCAGGUGAACUCUUCGCUUUGAGCUACGAUGUCAUUCAAAAGCCAUACCUCAAGUAUUUCCGCUUCUCCCCAAACGGAAUCAAAUCUCCCGACGUAGAAAUUCCACUUGCAGAGCCUACUAUGAUGCAUGACUUCGCCAUUACUGAGAAUUUCGUAGUAAUUCCCGAUCAACAAGUGGUGUUCAAGUUGCAGGAGAUGAUUGGCGGUGGUUCGCCGGUGGUUUACGAUAAAAAGAAAACCGCCCGGUUUGGUAUCUUGGAUAAGAAGGCGGUCGACUCGUCUGGGAUGAGAUGGGUUGAAGUACCAGAUUGCUUCUGUUUCCAUCUCUGGAACGCUUGGGAAGAACCAGAAACUAAUGAGGUAGUGGUGAUCGGCUCAUGUAUGACUCCACCAGAUUCCAUUUUCAACGAAUGCGAUGAAGGGCUUAGGAGCAUUCUCUCCGAAAUCCGGCUCAACCUCAAGACCGGGAAAUCAACUCGCCGGCCCAUCAUCCCCGCAUCCGAGCAAAUAAACCUCGAAGCUGGGAUGGUGAACCGGAAUCGACUGGGAAGGAAGACCCGAUUCGCCUACCUCGCUAUCGCUGAGCCCUGGCCUAAAGUCUCCGGUAUCGCACAAGUCGAUCUGUCGACCGGAGAAGUGAAGAAAUUCAUAUAUGGAGAUUGUAAGUACGGUGGAGAGCCGUUUUUCGUGCCAAGAGAUCCGGAUUCGGAGAAAGAAGAUGAUGGAUACAUAGUAGCAUUCAUGCAUGAUGAGAAGACGUCAAAGUCAGAGGUUGUGAUCAUAAACGCCACGAAUUUGGAGCUUGAAGCUUCAGUUAAGCUACCUUCUAGGGUACCCUACGGUUUCCAUGGUACGUUUAUCAAUUCAAAAGAUUUGCAGAAGCAAGCCUAGUCCAUCAUCAUCGAUCAUCAUCUGAUGAGAGAGAUUACCAGAGGGAUGUAUGCCUUACAGAUACUCCCCGGAGUCUCACAGUUUUUUUUUUUUUUUUUUUUUUUUUCCAACUUUUACACAACCGUCCACUGUUAGUUAAGUUAGUUAUUUAGUUAGUUAGGUUAUUUUUUUCUUUUUUUUUUCUUUGUGUGGGUGGGAGAGGUUUUGAGGAACCAGCUUGUAGCUUAGGGACUGUAGUUCAUAUUCGAGCUCAGCUGGUUUCUGUGUAUUCUUUUCACUCCUCUUCCUCCUGUGUUUGUUGCUCUUCUCUCUCUUGUUUACAGAAACAGAUUCCCAUGUACUAUUU